AUGCGUUCCUUGUUGUCCGUGCUGUGGGCACCAUGGAGCUCCUGGAAUGCGAGACGGCUGGACGGCCCUCUGCAGCCUCCGUCUGGGUCUGUGGAUUUCGGGUUCAUUCAAAGAGCCCGUGUCUGUGAGAAUUCACGGGACCUGCGAGCUUCAGCUUCUGUAUCGCUGCCCCAAGGGACGCUGGAAGAAUGUGCACGUGCCGUCGCCGGCCCUGGUAUCACGGGUGGACUCUGUGCUUCAAGCGGGUACUUCCAGUUUCGGGACCACCCUGGCGGCGGCUGCCAUUGUGCCCGGGACGAUUGCAUCACCAGGCAAACCGAUUCAGCCUGGAGCAUAUACCUCGUGUCGCAAACAGCUGCACCUGUGGGAUUCCGCAAGAUGCAGGAAGGCAAGCAUUGCUCCAACCACUUGAACUUGCGCGCGGUGGCCGGCCGCUGGACCCGCGGGACCUUAAAGGCAUGCUUGCUGCUGGUGGCCAGCCGAGGCACGGAGUAUGGCUGCAAGUCCGAGUACUUUCACUACAGGGCGACCAACGGAGACUGUGGCUGUGCCAUAGAUACCUGCGACGCUCAAACUUCCAAUGUCCUCUGGACCAUCUAUGUGGUGGAGAAAGGUGCAACUGCUACUCCUCUGGUGCCUAUGCCAUCUCCCGUCUAUUCAUUGGUGCAAGAGGGGCACCACUGCUCCUCGUACUUGAACUUACGGGUCGCCGGGCUCUGGCCGGGCAGUGGCAGCCUCGAGGAGUGUCGGCAGCUUGCAGUGGGCGCGGGGGUCGACGCAGGCUGCUCCGGCAGUUUCUUCCAAUAUGCCAGCAACGAGGACUGUGGCUGCGCCCGGGACAACUGUAACGAGAAGACGGAAGAGAGCAACUGGGCCAUCUACAAAUCCACGGCGCCCCAUCUUUGGAAGAUGGGAGUCCACUGCAGGGACUAUGUCAACCUGCAAAGUUUCUCGCUCUGGAGCGUCCCUGGCUCCCUCGAGAGCUGCCGCGUCCUUGCCGCGGCACGCACCGGCAAUGAGUGUGCUGGUACAUACUUUCAGUAUGCCAGUAACAUCGGCGACUGUGGUUGCGCCACUAUGAUCAGUGGGGGUGACUGCCAAGACUUGACUCCGGACAUGAACUGGGACAUCUACAUCUUGAACGUCGUGCCGACUGCGAGUGCGGGCAGCGGCUUCGGCAUGGGGAGCUUGAGGUUCACAUUGGGCCUCGUGAUUGCUUUCCUCACUCUCUGA